AUGACCAACUCAGCUAACUGCCAGCAGUCGGGGCCUCGGCCGAACUACCACCACAUGUCACCGACAAACAACAUGCAGUUCAACAAGCCUGUCACUGGAAAAGACAAUCAGCAGUGGAAUCAAAGGCAACAACAACAGCACUAUCAGCCGAAGCCCCAAACACACCCAGACCAACUACAACAGCAACCACCAUUGCAACCUCAACAACCACCGCCACAACCACAACAACCACCGCUACAACCACAACAACCAGCUCCAGAAAUACAGCAACCUCCACAACAACAAACUCUUAAAGUAGAACAACAAAGUCCUGAACAACAACAACACAUGGGACAGACUCAAGAGGCUACGACCCAGCAGGAGACGGGGGAGGAAGUGAAACCAGCAGUGGACGACGGUGACGUCACUAAACCUGCUGUACCGUUCUGGAUGAAAACUAAGUUACAGGGAGUGAAGAAGAUCACGAACCGCGAGCGACGUCGCCGGCAGAACGAGACCCUCCGCCGUCUGCUGGCGCCCAAGAACGCGCUCAUGGUGCUCAACGAGAUGUUGCCCGGAGAGACCAUCGCUAACCAAUUCAAAGUGGAGCCCGUAGGUAGUGUCGGCACGUACUCCCGAGUGACGCACGCCUUCAACGCUGAACUCAAAAUAGAGUCGAACGUCUACACAGGCUACGGUGAGACUAAGAUGGCCGCUCGGAACGCGGCGGCCGAACAGGCGAUCAGAGACCUCAUCAUAAAGAAAAUGUCGCGAGCCAAGUCUUGUUCAGAGAAGAUGGAAGUCAUGGAGACGGAGGGCGAGGCGGGCGCGGCGGGUGAGGCGGCGGAGGGGGAGGCGAUGCCCAUGAUACAGCUGGCGUCCUUCGCCUUACAUAAACUGUUCUCAGAGUGGGAGGAGAGCGGACACCGCGUGCCGCAGAUGAAGCUCAACCAGGGCUCGGUGAGUACUCCCGCCUCCCGGACACACGAACGAGUCGACGCGUCACGUAAGGUCACACGUCUCAUACAGUUCAUGUUGUAUCAGAACGGCGAGUCUCCGUCAGAGAGUCCCCAGCCAGCUCCGGCCAAGAAGGUCCGCCAGCUGCCGGAGCAGGCGUCCUCCAUGCACCCCUGCAUGCUGCUCACGUACAUGAGGCCUCAGCUCGCCUACAGGCAGCUGGACCCGGACGGGACGCGGCCGCAGGACACGCUGUUCAACGUGGCCGUUGACGUCGACGGACACACGUUCUACGGGAAAGCGUACAGUAAGAAGGAGGCCCGGCGCAUGGCGGCGCGGCUCGCCUGUGAGACCAUCUUCGGAGUCAAGUUCGACACUCAGUGA